AGAGAGGGUGUGACGCUGGUGUUUGUGUGAACUCGGGCUUAUGAUGCUGAGCUUGGUUCAUCUGCUUUCUCCUCCCUUCUCCUCCCUACUCCUUCCCACCAGCGCCACAGCAACAUCCUCAGAGUCAGAGCGAACAGCGCCCAGGCGGGCACAGAGCCUCCCAACGCCAGCAACCUGCGGCCCGGGAGAAGACGGAGAGCGCAGUGACAGCGCUUCACAGCCUCCAGUCCCCGGACCACAAUGGCCAAGAACCGCAGGGAUAGAAACAGUUGGGGUGGGUUUUCAGAAAAGUCAUAUGAAUGGAGCUCAGAAGAGGAAGAGCCAGUGAAAAAGGCAGGACCAGUCCAAGUCCUCAUUGUCAAAGAUGACCAUUCCUUUGAGUUAGAUGAAACCGCACUAAAUCGAAUCCUUCUCUCAGAGGCUGUCAGAGACAAGGAGGUUGUUGCUGUAUCUGUUGCUGGAGCUUUUAGAAAAGGAAAAUCGUUUCUGAUGGACUUCAUGUUGAGAUACAUGUACAACCAGGAAUCACUUGAUUGGGUUGGAGAUUACAAUGAACCAUUGACUGGUUUUUCAUGGAGAGGUGGUUCUGAACGAGAGACUACGGGCAUCCAGAUAUGGAGUGAAGUCUUCCUUAUCAAUAAACCUGAUGGUAAAAAGGUUGCAGUGUUAUUGAUGGAUACUCAGGGAACUUUUGAUAGUCAGUCAACUUUGAGAGAUUCAGCCACAGUAUUUGCCCUUAGCACAAUGAUCAGCUCAAUACAGGUAUAUAAUUUAUCACAAAAUGUUCAGGAGGAUGAUCUUCAGCACCUUCAGCUUUUCACUGAGUAUGGCAGACUGGCAAUGGAGGAAACAUUCCUGAAGCCAUUUCAGAGUCUGAUAUUUCUUGUUCGAGACUGGAGUUUCCCAUAUGAAUUUUCAUAUGGAUCUGAUGGUGGCGCCAAAUUCUUGGAAAAACGCCUCAAGGUCUCAGGGAAUCAGCAUGAAGAACUACAAAAUGUUCGAAAACACAUCCAUUCCUGUUUCACCAAAAUUUCCUGUUUUCUGCUACCUCAUCCUGGCUUGAAAGUAGCCACCAAUCCAAACUUUGAUGGAAAACUGAAAGAAAUAGAUGAUGAAUUCAUCAAAAACUUGAAAAUACUGAUUCCUUGGCUACUUAGUCCUGAGAGCCUAGAUAUAAAAGAAAUCAACGGGAAUAAAAUCACCUGCCGAGGUCUGGUGGAGUACUUCAAGGCUUAUAUAAAGAUAUAUCAGGGUGAAGAAUUACCACAUCCGAAAUCCAUGUUACAGGCCACAGCAGAAGCUAACAAUUUAGCAGCCGUGGCAACUGCCAAGGAUACAUACAACAAAAAAAUGGAAGAGAUUUGUGGUGGUGACAAACCAUUUCUGGCCCCUAGUGACCUGCAGAACAAACAUCUGGAGCUUAAAGAAGAAUCUGUGAAGCUAUUCCGAGGGGUAAAGAAGAUGGGUGGAGAAGAAUUUAGCAGGCGUUACCUGCAACAGUUGGAGAGUGAAAUAGAUGAACUUUAUAUCCAGUAUAUCAAGCACAAUGAUAGCAAAAAUAUCUUCCAUGCAGCUCGUACCCCAGCCACACUGUUUGUCGUCAUCUUUAUCACAUACGUGAUUGCUGGUGUGACUGGAUUCAUUGGUUUGGACAUCAUAGCUAGCCUAUGCAAUAUGAUAAUGGGACUGACCCUUAUCACCCUGUGCACUUGGGCAUACAUCCGGUACUCUGGUGAAUACCGUGAGCUGGGAGCAGUAAUAGACCAGGUGGCUGCGGCCUUGUGGGACCAGGCUUUAUACAAGCUGUACAGUGCAGCAGCAACUCACAGACAUCUGUAUCAUCAUGCUUUUCCUGCACCAAAGUCAGAAUCUACUGAAGAAUCAGAAAAAAAGAAAAUGUAAUCAAAUUUUUAAAAAUACAGGUGCAUGACCAAUUGUCAUUUAAAUAUUAAGUUUUGUAUCUCCAUGCAAACAUUCAAAAUACUACCAUCCACAGUAAAACACCUGUGAAGACUGCAUAAUGGUUUAGUUGACUUUUCAGUAUUUAAUAAGCAGAUGUAUGUAUGCAUGGUUAUAUCAUUUUGUUAACAAGUACUGUUUCCUGAUUUUGUCUUCAAAUAUGCUGUUAUAAUUUAAAGUUAUUUGUCUAUUUAUGAUGACAGUACAUGUGCUUUGCUUGAAUUUACUAAUUACUACUACUACUGGGUUAUAAGUAAACUAUGUAGUAAUAUCAUUCCAUGUUUGGAUAUGCUCAUUUAAUUUCUACAGAAAGAUUUUAAAAUUAUUUCAUAUAGUCAGUUUGUUAAGUCAUACAUCAUAACCCAGCAGGCUUGAUUCAGUCUGUAUCAUCUUACAUAUACUAUGAGGUCUUAGUUAUUUUAAAAUACAGUUAAAAUAAAUUUUUCAUUUGUCAAAAAUUAUAUCUUGUUUCUUUUACAUUAUGAUUUAAUAUAGAAUAUAAAGAUCUUGAUAAAAAAUGUAUCAAAAUUGCUUUGUAUGUGUAUUUGAGUUUCACUGCAUUGUAUAUUUUUUUCAUUUGAUACACUAAAAAAUGUGUCCUUUACAGUUUUAUUCCUUCAACAUAUGAACUAUUAUUAAAGUUUACUUUCGUUCCUAAGAUUAAAAACAAAUGCUUACUGAAUUUG